CUAUCAGUGCCAGCUGUCAGUGCUCAUCAGUGCCACCUGCCAGUGCCCAUCAAUGCCACAUCAGUGCCACAUUUCAGUGCCUACCAGUGCACAUCAAUGCCACAUAUCAGUGCCCAUCUGAACUGCUUUUCAGUGUCACCCAUCAGUGCCAGUCAGUGCCACCUAUCAAUGCCAUGUGCAUCAGUGCCGCCUAUCAGUGCCCGUCACUGCUGCCUAUCAGUGCUACCUAACAGUGCCCGUCAGUGCUGCCUAUCAGUGCCGCCUAACAGUGCCAGUCAGUGCCACCUAACAGUGCCAGUCAGUGCCACCUAUCAG